UACGAUUUAGUGAUCACAACUCUUAGAGUGGAUAGAAGGCCUGAAAACAUCUCAUCAGACUUGAUCCUGCAAAAUCUUCAAGUUGAACGAAAGCUUUAUAACAAAGAAAAUGAAUCUUCAUUGGAAUAUAAAUUAAUAAAAACUCAAAAAAGCUUCUUUUAUGGUUACACCGAAUUGAAUUAUGAGCCUGAACAUCUAGUUUAUGCUCUCAAUAAAAAGUGUUUUCAAGAUGCAAAAAUGGAUGUUUUAACACUUCGAGUAACACCUUCAAAAAAAUUGUCUUCAAUCGAAACAUAUUCAAUGGUCAAUAGAGUCAAGUUGCGUGAAAAUCUCGAAAAGUUAAUAUGUUUCAAGCUUGGAAUAUCUUAUCUGAGGAUAAAAUCGGUUAGAUUUCAGAUUCACAGCACUUAUCUGCUAGCCACAGUCGAAAUUACCGAAAGAUUCGAUUUCGUUGAUUUACCAAGAAAAAGUCAUCGCAAGCUGGAUGUAUCUGGAUUUCUGACAGAUUUUUACUCGGAUAUUGUAACAUGCUUGAGACUUGAAGCCAUGAAAAGAAAUGUCAGUAAAAUUAUCAGCUGUAAUGACAUUAGCCAUGGAUGCAUUGGAAUAGCUCUUGACCAACCUUUGCCUGUGGCAAAUGAAAAUGGCUCAAAUUGUGUUUUAUACAACAAUUUGGAUAAAGUAUUGUAUAAACUUGUUCAAGAGCCAACAUUAAGAGAUCUGAAAAUGUCAUACAAACAUCUGAAUCAAACAACGCUUUCCAGUGCUGAACUAAACUUUGACCUAUAUCUAAUUGACUCAUCGCAAAACGAUAGCCAUUCACCAAUUGAUUCUGAUUCGUUCAAUGUGAAAGUUUAUUGUAGAAAUUGUUUUGGCAACUAUAUAUUUCUUUUACUGAUUGUCGCCCUCGUUUGCGCCGUCAUUGGCUUAGCUGCAAUUGCGUGCAAAUUAUAUCGACGAAACGUUCGAAUCAGCUCAUCUCCGUCAAUUUCACUGACAGUUUUGAAAGAUUCAUAAGAUUAUAACAUUAUCAGUGUAAAUUGGCAACCUUGAAAUACUUACUUAAAUUGUAAACUUACUUUGUGGUUAAAAUGGCGAAUUUUUGUAUUGAACAAUUUCAAAUUAUUGUAUAAUUUCAAUUUAUAAACGGUCGUGGAGACCGCAUCCGCCCUGCACUGCGAGUGUAACUUCUCGGAUUCACUCUUCACACUCUUGUGCGAGAUGAUUAGCUGCAUCCUUAUUCCUGUAACAAGGUGAAAUGAAAUAAAUAAAGUCAAGAAUAACCCUACUGUA